UUCACAAUAGAUUUUACUAUCAAGUUUAACGAUCGCACAUUGUUAUAAUUACUUAAAAAUAUUUUAAUUUCGUUGAAAGAAUUUUAAACGCGUUAGGUACUUUUUAUUGGACGUGCAUAACUUUAAACGUCUAAUUAUACUAAGGAACUGUUCGUAAUACAUUAUUUUGUGGAAUGUGUGUUAAUAUAAAAACGAUAGUUUUUAUUACAGUAGUUACAAUAGUUUUAAAUCUAUGUUCUUUGACAAGAUGUGGGAGAGUCAAGAGAGUGGUUGGAGCCAUGGAUGUCGACUGUGGCACACAGCCCCGCGUAGCAUCUCUACGAAGUUUGAAAAGCCUACGCCACUCAUGCGGCGCUACGCUCCUAACUGCGCAUUUUGCCAUCACAGCGGCCCACUGCGUGGAGAAAGAUAAAGAUCAGUAUCUAGAGCUGAACAACUACUGCGUCGAAGAUAACGAUGUUCCCCCCAAAGCUGAAGUACUGGAAGUUAUCACAAACCCGCUAUAUGAUCCGAUCACGAGAGCGCAUGACGUGGCUUUGCUGCGGAUCGCCCUACAUCUGGGUGACAUCACGUGGCUUAACUCCUCGCUACUGCCCACAUCCUCGUUCGGGAUAUCAGGUGAAUGUACAAUAUACGGGUAUGGGUUCCAAGAUGUUGAUACGCAGAUAAGUUCUGAGCGUCUGCUGGCGGGUUCGCUGAGGAUAGUGUCAUUGGACCGAUGCGCGGCGGCUCUGGGCCCGCGCGUCGCGCCACGCCACGACGGCGGCAUGCUGUGCGCGCUAGGCGACCGUGUCGACGCCUGCCAGGGUGAUUCCGGUAGCCCGCUAAUAUGUUUCGGAGUUAUCGAAGGCAUAAGUAGCUACGGCAUGAGCUGUGCGGUGCCAGGCCUUCCAGGAGUGUACACCAGCAUCGGCCCGCACCUUCCAUGGAUACGUCAAGUGAUACAAGAUCAAUGAAUA